ACCAUAUGUAUACUUUUAAUCUGAAAAUUCUAAAUCUAAAGUCAACUCACAACCAACAUUUCAAGCUUAAUAUGCAAAAUACAAACUGCUUGAGCUGUAAAAAAAAGAAAAAUAUUGCGAAUUAUCCUAAUCCAUAAUUAGCAAUCUAAUUAUUGGCUUAUACUUUCAUCCAAGUCUAUCUGCAACCAAAAUCAAAUUUACCAUCUCCUUAAAAAAUCCAUCAAAUAGAUGUUUUAUUUUAAAUGGGAAAAAAGAAACAUGCUAUGGAAAUCAAUUCUUGUAAAGAUUUAACAGAAGAAUCACCUAGAAAAUCAUCUUCUGCACAAGAAGGGCAACCCCCUCUUUCCCUAGUAGAACCUUCUGUUAAGAACAAACUCCAUAAAUUCCCGAAAACAAUGCGGAUGAUCCGGUCCAUAAUCCGGUCAUUCCCCAUUAUAAGCACCCCGAAACCUUGUAGUAGGUUACCGGAGAUCAGCUUUCGAAUCAAUAGCGUGAGUCACCGGGUGACAGGCACAUUAUUGGGGUACAAGAAGGGUAAGGUGAGUUUUUCAUUGCAAGAAACAAGCAAGAGUUUGCCUACAUUGGUGUUGGAUUUACCUAUACAAACCCACGUUCUACAAAAAGAAAUGAGCGUAGGAAUGGUCAGGAUUGCCCUUGAAUGCGAAAAAAGGGAUGAAAAAGAGAGAAUGGGUUUGUUAGAAGAGCCUGUAUGGGACAUGUUCUGUAAUGGGAAGAAAUUAGGAUAUGCGGUUAAGAGGGAGGCUAAUGAGAUGGAGUUGAGUAUAAUGGAGCUUCUCAAGGUCAUUACAAUGGGUGUCGGAGUCUUACCAUCUUCCGAGUUUUCCGAUGGUGAUCAUGAUGACGAGUUGGCCUAUAUUCGAAUCAACUUUGAUCAUGUUGUUGGGUCCAAGGAUUCUGAAACCUUAUAUAUGAUGUGCCCAGAAGGGAAUAACAUUAUUGAUCUUAGUAUUUUCUUUGUAAGGAUUUAAGAAUAUAUGUUGGUAAACUAUCCAUAAACGAAUUAUAGAUCAUUCGUUAUCUGGCUACCAAACAGGCCCUUAGAGUACAAUUGGGUGUUGUGCAUGCACUGAUGUCUUAUUCAGGAGCAUCGGCCACUUAGCCAAGCAUGCCGAACCAGAUAUUCAAGUCAAAUUUGCUACAUUCUGUUUCUCAAGACAAUUCAAAUAUGCGUCAAAUAAAUCAUGCUCAACCCGAUAUAUAUUUAGGUGUAGCUUAGAGAUUUAUCUUGGCCGGACUGACUAUUAAGUUUUUUGUGAAUUCAUAUUCAUAUUCAUAUUCAUAUUCAUGAAUCAUGAUAAUGUAAUGUCCCCAAAUUUAUAAUUCACGAAAAUAUCAGAUCACAAUUCGCAUAUUAUUACUUCCUUUGUAAACUUCUCAACAAGUGACAUACACUUUGAGGUAACUCUGUUUAACUUCCUCUAUAAUGAGAUUGAGGUUUAAAUUAUUAUUAUAUUUGUUAUUCAGUUACAGAGUAUAAUAAAAGUAUACUCUGUACUACAUAUGGACGUUUCAUAAUGUUGUUUACGGUUAGUAUAUGUACAAAUAUUAAAAUAAACAGAGAAGAGUGUGUAAAAAAAUGGAUGGAUUUAAAGAAAAAAGAAUAAAAUAAAAGAAAGUGAGUAGAAAGUAAAAAAUGUUAUGAGGUACGAGAGGUAAGAUCAUAAAAUUUCAUAUCAAAAAAUAUAAUAAAGUAUAAUAUAAAGAACAUUAUGAAAUAGACUAAAACGAAAAGAAUAAAUAUUAUUUUAAAACGGAUGUAC